AUGAUGGAGUUGAAUUUGAAUGCAAAAGAUGCGGGUGAUUGGAUUUACAGAGGAGAAGGAGCUGCAAAUAUCAUUCUCUCUUAUAGCGGAGCCACUUCUGAUUUUGUUGGAAAAGUGUUGAGGGUGCAAAAAGUUAAAAGAAAUGGGACAAACUAUGAGGAAGUACCUUCAGAUUUAUCCGUGCAUGAAGGCCUCCUAUGGAAUGAAGAUUGUGACCUUUUAUCAGCUCCAACAAGGGAAAUUGCAGAACAUUUGUAUGUGCAACAUGUAAUGUCUCCAAGAUUAGGUUCCAAUCAUGUUGAUGCUGGGGUCCGUGUUCUUGUAUCCAGGGAUUUUCUUGAGGCAGUAGUGAAAAAUGCUUUUUGUCAACGUCCUUCCUGGAGAGUUAGUGAUGCUGAUGUCAACACACAGUGUGAUUAUGCAUUACUUAUAUCAGAUCAUUCAGUUUUCCCUCAAGCUCUUCGUGAUGAAGAGUUUUCGAUAUCUGUAGAGAUAAAGCCCAAGUGUGGAUUUCUUCCAUGUUCAAACUAUAUUCUAGAAGAACACACAAUCAAGAGAUGCAUGACACGUUUCAAACUGCAUCAGACCUUCAAAUUGAAACACAAAAAGGUAUCACAAUUAAGUCGAUAUGAUCCGUUGGAUAUGUUUUCUGGAUCCAAGGAAAGGAUAUUAAAAUCAAUUAAAGAUCUUUUUUCCACCCCCCAAAACAAUUUUCGGGUAUUCUUAAACGGUUCCUUAGUAUUCGGAUGCUUAGGUGGAGGUAAAUACAGAACGAAUGUUCGCUACGAUAGAGCAUUAGAAGAUGCUUUAAAGUUUGUUAUUCAGGCUGAUGAUGGUAUGCGAACCACUUGCUUUCUAGAACUUGUUUCUGAGGCAGUUUUUAGAUCUGGAUUGUUGGAUAGACUUUUACAAGUUCAGAAACUUGAUUUUUUUGAUAUAGAAGGGGCCAUUCAUGCAUAUUAUGAUGUAGUUUCUCAGCCCUGUGUGGUUUGUAGUGAGUUAGGUGAAGAAUCCGAUAGAUAUACUUCUUUGCAUACGAUCCCAUUGGAUGAAAGUUUGAAAAUUGUCAAAGAGUAUUUGAUUGCUGCCACUGCAAAGGAUUUGAGUCUCAUGAUUAGUUUUAGAACAAGAGAAAAAGAGGAUCCAAAGUCUGCGUAUAAUGUCAUUUUGCAUGAAUCAAUUGGACAGAGUUUUGAUUAUAAGGUGUCUUUUAUUGAUUUGGAUAUGAAACCUUUGGGAAAAAUGAUGCAUUAUUAUGAGUUGGACCAAAAAAUAGUAGGCUGCUGUAUGAAGAUGAUGAAGAAUGAAAUUUCAGCAAAUGUUGAAGAAAAAACUUCGUAUCAAGAUAAGUCCAUUGUUGUUGAAGAUGAUUAUCCUACUCGAGAACUUGCUGGUAAGCUGACACAUCUUUAUCAUCUGUUGCUAUAG